AUGGCAUUCUCCGGCAAAGUCGCUCUCAUCACCGGCGGUUCCAAGGGCAUCGGCCGCGCGGCCGCCGAACAGCUCGCUGCACAGGGCGCUCUCAUCGCCAUCAACUACUCAUCCGACUCCAAAUCAGCAGAUGAAGCCAUCGCCGCGCUGGGUGGUCCUGAAAAGGCCCUUGCCAUCAAGGCUGACGCCGGCUCGAUGAGCGACGUCAAGUCCAUGGUCGAACAGACGGUUGCCAAAUUCGGCAAAAUCGACAUUCUAGUGCCAAAUGCUGGGGUGAUGCCGCUGGCAAACUUGGAGUCAUUGACCGAGGAGCUGUUUGAUAAGAUGAAUACGGUUAAUGUCAAGGGGCCUCUAUUUUUGGCCAAGGCUGCUGUUCCACACAUGCCCCCCGGCUCACAUAUUAUCUUCAUCAGCACAUCUCUAUGUCAUUCUAGCACAGUCAUGCCCAUCCAUCUGCCUUAUUGUGCCAACAAGGGCGCCAUUGAGCAAUUUACCCGCAUUCUGUCCAAAGACCUCGCCCCCAAGGGAAUCAUCGUGAAUGCCGUCGCUCCGGGCCCAACCGAGACGGAACUGUUCCUGCGUGGCAAGCCCGACGCUAUGGUUGAGGCAAUUAAGAAGCAGUCUCCCUUUAACCGACUCGGAAAUCCGAGCGAGAUUGCAGAGUCUAUUGUUUAUCUGGCGGGGACGACUCUCGGAUACUCCAGCAUCGAGCUCGAAGGCGAGCCCGAUCUCUUCCCCAUCGACGCAACGCGCGCUUUACUUGCCAAAUACAACAUCAAAUGCUGGGGCGCCGUGACCAUCAUGCAAGGCACACGCGACCUUACGGCCGUCGACCCCAAGCAGCGCCAGGACACGAUCCAAUACAUCAAAGACGUGAUCUCCCUAUCUGCUGCUCUAGACGGCCAGAUUGUCACUAUUGUACCCGCACGCGUGGGCAAAAUCGUGCCAACCUCAUCACCAACCGAGGAGUGGAACUGGGUCGUCGAAGCACUACGCGAAGUUGCCGAGUUUGCAAAAGCUAAGAGCAUUCGCAUCGGCAUCGAGCCGUUGAAUCGAUUCGAAACGUACUUUCUGAAUCGAACCGACCAAGCCUUGGCCCUCGCCGACGCGGUUGGCUACGACUGUGGAAUCGCUUUUGAUCCGUUUCAUCUGGCUCUAGAAGAAAAGGACAUGCUCGAGGCGAUGCGCAGGUGCGGUUCGCGGAUUGUGGAUUUCCAUGCUGCCGAUAAUAACCGGCUUGCUGCGGGCGAUGGGUCCUUCAACUGGCCUGAGAUCAUGACUGUUCUGCGUGAGACUGGCUACACUGGUGCAUUGGCAGUCGAAUGCAUGCCGCCCAUUGACCGUUCGCCCGUGGGACAAUUUUCGCGUAAUCAAGUUGAGGCUGAUACCAAGAAUGUUGAUGUCGCGCCAGAUCGCCUGCAGUUCAUCAUCGAUCAUGGGUCGGCUCUGCUGUCUGAUGAGCGCCAAUGGCUUCAACUAGCAGACUUAGGCUGUGACAAUGCACAGCCAAAAUGUGAGAAUUGUAAAUGUCAGGGCAAGAACUGUACCUAUUCCGAGCGCGCGAAGAAAAUCAGACCAACAAAUACACAAAUCCGACGUCUAGAAGAUGAAAACACUCAGCUCCGUCGGUCUCUGGCAAGAUUUCGAUCGCAAGCAAAUUCGCAGCGAGUGCCCGACGUGCAGAAUGACCGGCAGCAUGACAGCACCGACAUCGAGAUGAAUUCAUCGAGCCAGUUUCCACACCAGGAAGCAUCGAACUCAUUGUCAUCCCCAUCAUCAUCGUCAUCUUCAUCACACAAAGAUCCGGGUUUCUCCACAGGUGACCGCGAAGUCCAAUUCCAUGGCCCGUCGAGUGCCAUGUUUGACGAAUCGCAGCAGCAGACAAACACAGUCACUUCUAGUAUAACUGCCGAUCCUCUACACAAGUAUCAGCUAUUGGGGUCGUCCAUGAAACAGCGCCAAAUGGAGCAAAUCGACCUUGCCGCUGGGAGGCUCGAUUUUGACGGCGUCGAUCCGGAAGCAGGGAUGCAUCUCUUGUCAGUUUUCUGGAAUAGACAGCAUGCAACCGGGUCAGUCGUAUACCGACCAGUGUUUAUGCGCGACAUGGCCUGCCAGGGGCCGUACUUUUCCAAACUGCUUUUGAAUGCGAUUUUUUUCGCAGCAUCCAAGAAUUCACACAGAGCAGAACACCGAUGCGAAGUCACCGAUGCCCCGGCAAUAAUAUCACCCUUUAGACGAAAGGCCGAGAAGAUGCUGUAUGAUCACGGCUCGGACAAUCCCAUGAAAAGCGAUAUUCCGACAAUUCAAGCUUUACUGAUCAUGUCGGACGCGCUGUUCACAUGGUGUGAUGAACGCAGUCUUUCCUGGCUGUAUUCAGGCCUUGCGAUGAACAUGAUCACUGAGUUGGGUCUUCAUGUGGACAGUCGGACUCCCUAUUCGGCAAAGCAAAAUCUUUCCACGGAAGAUAUAGAGGUUCGCCGCAGGCUGUUCUGGGCUGCAUUUGUUUCCGAUAAAGUCCAAUCAAUCUACCAGGGUCGGCCUGUACGUCUCCGCGAAGUGGAUGUCAACGUGCCAAUUUGCUUCUUAGACGACUAUGAAGAGCUCGAACAGUUUAGUCCGGUCUCUUACUCGCAAUCAGAAAUUUCACCCAGUCGCCCAACGCACAGUGUUUCUAUUUUCGAGCAGCUGUGCGGUCUUAGCGUCAUCAUGGAUAAGAUUAUAUCGAACAUCUACACAGAAAAGUCCGGCUCAAGAGACGCAAAGCAUCUGUUUGGCGUGUCGCAGUCGCUUCAUGGCGAACUUAAGCGCUGGCGAAGCGAGUUGCCGGAACAUCUCGCUAGCAAAUCGAAUGGAACCACCCAGUCGCUCACCCCUCAGAUGCUCUCACUGAUGUCCAUGUUCCACUCUCUGAUCAUAUUAUUGCAUCGUCCAUUCGUCUCUGACGGCCAUAUCCGUGCUACAUCAGCCUCGGUCGUUCGCGACUCAGUUGCAACGUGUGCAACAGCAGCCUCAGAAAUUGACGCUAUACUGCGAGUCUACCAGCAGGACUAUUGCAUCAAUGCCGUUCCGUAUUUCAUGUCCUAUGCCACAUAUGUCAGUGCUACCAUUCACGUCCGCAUUGCAGCGCAGAGCGGACCUGGCUCGGAGGCCUAUCGUUCCCUGCAACACUGCCUCGAUAUCUUGUCUCGGCAUUCAAAUGUGUGUCGUGCACCUCGGAGAGCGAGGCAGAUUCUGCUUGGUUUGGCGCGGCGUUUGCAUGUUGAUGUUAAUGAUAGCACUGACUUAUCUGCGACCUAUGCAACCGGGAACAUUCCGAACUCGUUGAUGCUUGGAGAAGACUCUUAUGCUGUUGAUAGUGCAUUCGAUGUUAUGAAUUCCGAUAUUGAUAUUGACGCCAUUAUUCAGAGUUUUAAUGUUGAGCAAUCGGGGAUGGUCAACACGAUUCCUGGCGACAGUGGUAUGAACAAUGAGCCAGUGCUGCCGGCGCAGGAUUAUUCUUCCGAGACGUGGCCGUUUUACGUCCCGUUGUUUGGCUAUGGUUCUUUGGAUCCGAAUGCAUUUGAUUUGCAGUAG